AAACGUCCGUGCUGGCGCAACCAGAAGCCCUUUGAAUCUGUCUGUUCAAGCUUUAGCGGCAAUUCUGAAAGCAAAAGUGCCAGUGAUAACAGAAGGGGAGUCAGUCAUCUGUAAUAGCUAUCGACCACGUGACCAUCAUCCGCCACGCACUCGAAAGCAGUUGCCUCGUCUGCAAGCAAGUGACCGCACGUGCUGUUUUGCAGCAGGAUAUUUGGCAAAAAAUGACUUUCUGGAAAACUGUGGCCUACAUCUUCGGCAUAUUCGGCAAAAGUUUUCAAGACGUGCUUCUCAUUGUCGGUUGUGUGCUGUCCAUAAUUGACCUGAUAAACCUGCCCACCGAUCUGGAUGUUGACGUGCCGCUCGUCCUUGACGAGUAUGACUACGUGAUCGUUGGUGGAGGCUCAGCAGGAUGCGUGCUCGCCAACCGCCUGUCAGCCGACAAAAGCAAGAUGGUGCUGUUAAUUGAGGCCGGGGGCAUGGAGAAUGCUUUUACGCAAAUUCCACUGUUCGCGCCCAUUCUCAUCGGUGGCGGCUUCGACUGGCAAUACCAUCCUCAACCGCAGGAGCACGCCUGCCUCUCUAUGGAGGAUAGGAGGUGUCCAUUGGCCCGCGGCAUGGCUUUGGGCGGAUCGAGCGCCAUCAACUUUAUGUUAUAUGUUCGAGGAAACAGGCGUGACUACGACAUAUGGAGGGACGACUUCGGAGCCCAUGGCUGGUCUUACAAGGACGUGUUGCCGCACUUCAAGAACAUUGAAACGGCGAGACUGCCGGACCAGGAAAGUUUCUAUCGUGGUACCAAUGGUGAGAUACCCGUGGUACACGCCAAUACGCAAACACGUCUGAGCAACGCGUUCUUGGGAGCUUGCAAGGGAAAUGGCUACCCGGUCAUAGACUACAACGGAAGAUCUCAGGCAGGCUGCUCUAGACUGCAGUUCAAUACACACCACGGUGAGCGCUACAGUGCCAGCAAAUCCUUCAUCACGCCAAUCCUCCACAGAACAAAUCUGCACAUUUCGCUGUGGAGCAGAGCUACAAAGGUGAUUUUUGAAAAACAGCGCGCCGUCGGAGUACGUUUCCUGAAAUGGGGUUUGAUGCACGCUGUGCGAGCUUCGCGUGAGGUCGUUAUCGCGGCCGGAGCAGUCGGAUCUCCACAGUUGCUCUUGCUUUCCGGUGUUGGUCCUCGGCUUGAUCUGGAGCAACUGCAGAUUUCUGCUAUUGCUGACCUGCCGGUGGGCAACAACCUUCAGGACCAUAUGCACGUCGAGGGCGUUGCAGGCACGCUGCGUCAUCCAGACGGAAUUAACCUUUUCUGGUGGUCCACGAUGAAGGACUACCAUCACAACCGUUCAGGUCCAUUUUCCGUUCCUGCAUCCCUUGAAGCUGUUGCAUUCGUUAGCACGCCAUUUGUGAAUAAAUCACUGGAAUUCCCGGAUGUGGAGAUCGUUCUGCAAUCCCUCCCUCCUUCAGAGCUUCCUGUGGAAUGCUACCUGUCAAAAAUGGCUCUCCGGAAAGACGUUUACGAACAAUACUUUCUGCCUAAACGCGGACAAGUGGGAUUUGCGUUAUCUCCAGUGAUGAACAGGCCAAAAUCAAGGGGUUACGUGAAACUGAGGACAACGAACCCGCUGGACGAACCGAUCAUCGAUCCCAAGUAUUUGACGCAUCCUGAAGAUGUUGCGGUGGCAGUUGAAGGCGUCAAGAUUGCGCUCCGACUCAUCAAGAGCCGCGCCAUGCGGGCGAUCAAAGCGAAGCCUUGGGACAUCCCUCUAGAUGCGUGCGCCUCCGAAGGUCCCAUAUGGAGUGAUGAAUACCUGGCCUGCUUUGUGCGCCACAUGGCUCACACAACUUGGCAUGUCUGCUGCACGUGUCCCAUGGGCUCGGACAAAAGGGCUGUGGUGGAUCCCAGGCUCAGGGUUUAUGGCCUGAAGAAUCUACGCGUCGUGGAUGCAUCUGUCAUGCCAACUAUAGUAACUGGGAACCUAAAUGCGCCUGUGAUGAUGAUCGCCGACAAAGCAGCGGCUAUGAUUAUACAAGAUAAUAACUAGCUAAUAUUGCUUUAUUUAGACCUUCAAUAUAAAGGCCCUGUUCUCUCUUUGAUAUCUUUUGUACUACACUGACAAAGCGAAGCUAAACAAAAUGCAGACCUGCAACAGAGUUCUCUUUUUUACGCUAUACCAGUACAACUUCAACUGUAAAUUAGCUGAUAUAACUAAUAAGCGAACACAUGAUUCGCAUAUUGCUGGCAUGCAGGUGACUCCAAUUUCGGCAUGUAUAGGAAUGUGAACCUAUGUGACCAAGAAGCUCCUGUUUCACAUUCGUAUAAACUUUGUUGUCGCCACCAUUGUCGUCUAUACAAUCUCAGGAAAAGCUUGGAAGACUGCUGACAUCACUUUCGACAUUCACUGCAUGCCCGUCGCUCUCGUAUUGCGUGUUCAAACUCUGUAAAAGUGUACCCAAAGGUAAUACAUGCAAUAAACUCGCAAGGCUUGCCUGGGACACU